AUGCUAGUACUUCCUUUCCUGCUGCUGCUGCUGCUGCUGCUGCUGCUGCUGCUGCUGCUGCUGCUUGCCUGCAAAGCCAGUAGGCCCCCAGCUCCGGAAUGGCCCCCGGAGCUGGUGCUGCUUCUCGCUGGCCUCUCUCAGAGAGAUCUUUCCAAGAGAGGGCUGCUGUGGUCAGCCGCAGCAAAUUAA